CAGUUCUUUUUCUUCUUCCCCUCCCAAUUCGCAAAAAGUCACGAAAAUGUCAGAAACAAAAUCUUCUCAAGAAAAAACAUCAAUGGAGGAUUCUUCGGCUGGAGAGAAGAGGCGAGAAACCGAGAGCGAUGAAGAGAACACGAAAGAGAUUGAAACAGAAUCUUCUCAAGAAAAACCGUCAAUGGAGGAUUCUUCAUCCGGAGAGAAGAGGCGAGAAACCGAGAGCGAUGAAGAGAACACGAAAGAGAUUGAAACAGAAUCUUCUCAAGAAAAACCAUCAAUGGAGGAUUCUUCAUCCGGAGAGAAGAGGCAAGAAACCGAGAGCGAUGAAGAGAAUACAAAAGAUAUUGAAACCGAAAUCGAAGAGGAGGAGAAUGUCAAAAAACCCAAAUGGUACCGAGCGUUAAUGAACGCAAGAUUCAAUCGGAACUGCAGAAUCCACCAGCGUCGGAGAAACUUCUUCUGCUUCAGCUGCUGCACCGCCCAAUGCAUCGACUGCGUUUCUGCUGCUCAUCUUCCUCACCCCCGGAUUCACGUACUGAAGAGUCUGGUAGGUGAUGACAUUGUCAAUGUGGAGGACAUGUCCAUGUUCAUUGAUUGCUCUCAAAUCCAAGUCCGUUUAUCGGCUUUCAGAGAAACCAUAAUAAGACUGAAGCCGUCGCACCAAGUGAAAUCCAUAGAAGAGUGCAAGAAAACUGUUCACAGGCCCGCCAUCUUCUGCUCUCUUUCGUGCAAGUUGGACUAUGUGUUGGAUCAAGAGGGAGAUUUGUGCAGCGUCUAUAAGCUCGAAGAACUUGGACUGGCAGACACUCCAGAAGAUGAUCAGACCGUUUCUAAAUCUUGCAAGGUGGAACAAGACUUGGAUCAAGAGGGAGAUCUGUCGAAAACCAAACUUGGAUCGGAAAAUGCUUCAGAAGACGAUCAGACCGUUACUGAAUCUUGCAAGGUGGAACAAGAGUUGGAUAAAGAGCGUGAUGCGCGCGAAUCACAUAGCUUCAGAAAGAGACCCAGGAAAAGAACUCCGACAAGAUCUCCAUGGGUCUGAUAUGUUUCUCUCAAGACUUCAUGACUUACGUGACCGACAAGUAAGAAUAGGGUUUUUUUGGAAAAGAGCUUCUAACUGAUUCGGAGGGUUUGAUUCUGAAAUCUUUAGUGGCAGACACUCUCAUUUGUCAUUUCUCGUGCAGUUUCUGGGA